AUGGGAGUGUUUCAGCUUCCUGUAAAGCUUUGUGAUGAGCUUAACACCAUGUGUACAAGGUUUUGGUGGGGGCAGGUGGGUAAUGAGAGGAAGAUUCACUGGAAGAGUUGGGACUCACUAUCUAAACCAAAGAAGGAAGGUGGUAUGGGCUUUAGGGAUAUCCGGUGUUUUAAUUUAGCAAUGCUGGCCAAGCAAGGAUGGAGGUUACUGAAGGAAAAGGAUACUCUGCUCUACAGGUGUUUCAAAGCAAAGUACUUCCCGCGAUGUAAUUUUUUGGAGGCAGGGGACGUGAAUAAUAACUCUUAUGUGUGGAAGAGGAUUAUUGCGGCUCAACCGAUUCUGAAGAAAGGUUGUUACUGGAGGGUGGGUGAUGGUUCUGGAAUCCGGGUGCUUAAAGACAAAUGGAUUCCGAACCACCCCACAAAUAGGGUGUUGCAUCCACCAGAGGAAGAAGAAUGGGAAUGGCGUGUUUCGGAGUUAAUUGAUUGGUCACUCAAGCUAUGGGAUAGAGGCUUAAUUGAGAGGAGGUUCACCAUGAAGAUGCGGAUGCUAUACUUCGGAUUCCAUUGA